AUGAAACGCAUAAUUGUCUGUGGGGGCAAUGGGUUCUUGGGCUCACGGAUAUGUAAAUCUGCGGUUUCACGGGGCUGGGAUGUAACUUCUAUCAGCCGCUCGGGAGAACCAACCUGGUCAUCCGUGACAUCCUCUCCUACCCCCCCACCCUGGGCACGCAAAGUAUCCUGGGAACGUGCCGACCUCCUCGCUCCAGCCACCUACGCUCCUCUCCUCAGAGGCGCCGAUUACGUGGUCCACAGCAUGGGGAUUCUUCUCGAGGCCGAUUACAAAGGCGUCAUAUCCGGCAAAGAAUCUCCCAUAUCCGGUCUUUCCCGCGCUUUCUCUGCCUCCAAACGCGGUUCCCAAAACCCUCUAACUAGAAGAGCUGGAGAGGCCCUAAAGUCGCAAGAAAAAGAUGGCCAGCUGACAUACGAACUGAUGAAUAGAGACUCAGCCAUUGCGUUAGCACAGGAGGCGAACAGAGAGAAAGUCCCAGCUUUUGCUUACAUUUCAGCUGCUGGCGGAGCGCCGGUGUUACCGAAAAGGUAUAUCGAAACGAAGAGGGAGGCCGAGCGUACAAUUGCGAGUCAAUUUCCCGAUAUGCGAUCAGCCUUCAUUCGGCCGGGCUUCAUGUUUGACUCCUCCAGAACUUUGACCGUGCCAAUAGCAGCGGUUACGAGGGUGGGGGCCCUGAUCAAUGAUGUUACCGGGGGCAUACUGGGGGGUGUCUUUGGUAGUGCAGUGGCAAAACCAUUGAAGGCAGACUUGGUUGCCGAGGCAGUGGUGGAGGCGCUGAGUGACGAAAAGACGAAGGGACCAGUGGAGAUAAAACAGAUCGAGGAGUUGGCAGAGAAGGGUUGGAGGAAGGGAAUGUUGUGA